AAAUGAAAACUCUACUCGUUCGAGUAUUAAUGAAAGGAAAAUCGUCGUGGGUGUAGUGAAUGGGAAAAUUACGUGUCAAAGAUUUUUGCGUCAUUUGUUGUUAAGAUAAUAAUAAUUAACCGGCUGGAAUCUUGCUGGUGGAGGAUGUGUUCAAUUAAAAUUAAUUGACGGUUCGCAAUAUGACUGGCUUCUGUAAGAAUCCCCUCUGAUUUUUUUCUCCGUAUCCGGCACCCCCGCACCAUUCAAAAAUGUAAGCCCCACCGCGAGCGUCGCCGCCCCCGACUGGCAAUGUCUUGUUUGGAAUUGACGGACAAGUGAGUCAGCAAGGCAAUAUCUAGUGCAGUGGUGCAUUUAAGUGUAAUUCAGUGCAGAAGCAAACAAUUUCGAUGUGGCUAGCGCAAGGGCUGUUAGGAUGCCGUUCGCGUCGCGACGCUAUUUAAACGGAGGGCGCGUCGGACAGCUUCACUAGUAUCGCGACGUUUGGCUCGUUUUCGUACCAUUAAACCACCACCUGUUAGGAUGACCCCGUUGGCCGCCGCCGUAACACUGCUUUCUUGUUCGGUACUAGUGAUCAGGGGACAUCCAGGCUUCGAGACCCGCUUGAAUUCGGAGGUUCUUUCCAAACGCAUUUUGAAUUCUGCCCAUUUAGAGAAACAAUUAAUUAGAGGACCAUUAGCUCAAGCACGUUCGAAAAGGACGUCAGACCAUAUAAUCACUGAUUGCAUAUUUAUGACAUCGGAUGAAGGCGACUUCUACCACAAAUCCACCUUAGCCGAUGGUACAGCCUGCGGAGCGUACAUCUUCAGCGAGCCCGACGAGAUCAUCGAGGUCCACUUCAGCUACUUAGACGUCCCUUGCGAGAACGGAGGCUUAGUGUCGUUCGUGGACGGCUGGGAGCUGAAUGGCGAGUUUUUCCCCAGCCCUUCGGAUCAUCCUCUGCCCAUGAAUUCGCGAUUUACCGAAUUCUGCGGCAAGAGGAAAGUCAAACAGACGUUUAAGAGCUCGCAGAAUGUGGCGCUUAUACAAUAUCGGAUGCCAGCCAAAGGGACAAGUUUUGGCUUCAGCGUGAGGUUUAUUAAAAAUCCGACUCCCUGCAACGUUCUAUUUCAAUCCACCGAAGAUAUUUAUACUUUGCGAAAUUACGGAAAAAGAUCAAACUGUAGCGUCAGCACCCUGUUUCCGGCAGCAGUAAGGGUGGCUUCUUUGAAUAUUGGAGUUGUCCCAAGUCUAGGACGUGGAAUUGAACUCGAAACAGGCACCAUCCAUAAGGUGCGGUCGCAGUGUCAAAAACGUGGUUUGGACGACUUUCUUCAAGUUGGAGGCUCUCGCGGCUUGGACAAUGCCAAUCUUCUCCUCGCAGAUUCUGUUUGCGGACUGGAUUCCAAACCAGGAAAACACGUCGAGAUCAUCGCUUGCGAAACUACAACCAUCCGUUUGGUUUCGAGUGGAGCUUUCGAUAAUUCUGCAACAGUGGCCAUCCGACAGCUGACACCAGAAGACAUUAACGGUUACAUGAGCGUAAUCUGUCCAUCCGAAGAACUAGUCGAAUAGGUUAAGACAUACCAUCACAUAUCUGUAAAUUAACGUGUACGCCAAGAAUAUUUUUUUGUGUAAUGUUUGUGUAAUAUAUCCAAUGUAAGCGUUC